UGUAAUAUAAUACAUAUAUAAAUUGUUAUUAUUUAAAUUAUUAAAAUAAUACAAAAACGAAUAUUGUAAUAUUUAUACCUUCAAACAACUUUCCAUUACUGCCUGUUUAAGUUUGGAAAUAAAUGGCUCUUUCAGUUUCAAAAAUUGACAAGUUGUUAGAAUUAUUCAGUUCCUCGGACGAUGAGCAACUUGAUAAAGCACCUGACGAAUGGGAUGAACAUGAAAGAAGUGAUGUACCUGAAUUCGUUGACAAAAAUAAUUGCAUUUUUCAAAAAUUCCAUAAAAAAGUGAAAUCAUAUAAUCAUACGGAAAAGAAAAAAUGUAAAUACUCGGACACAUAUGAUAAUAAUAAUAUUAAAAUGGUAGAGCUGGAAGUUAAACCCAUAAUGAUUGAAGACAGCGCAAGUGAAUCUGAACUCGGCCUUAUGGAAAAUAACGAAGAAUUCGCAAAUAUUGAUAAUAGGGUAUUGUGUGGAAAUAAACCUGCAAAUCCUUUUACUAAUGCGAAUAAAUGUUUAUUAAAAAAAAGUAGCACUGAAAGAAUUAUAAAAAAUAAUUAUGUCUCGGAAGAAAAAAAAACAUUUGGUGAAACCGAACCGAAGAAAGCGUUGCUGGAAUUUAAAAGAUUGAAGAUUAAAAACAUUCUCAAAGAGCAAACAUGUAAUAUUGAAGGGAAAACUAGAAUUAAAGGAAACCGAAAACAAGUUAAGCGUAACCUUAAAUGUAAGGAAUGUAAUAAAAAAAUGAAAAAUGAACAACUUUUUAUGUUACAUAUGCAAAUUCAUGAUAAUCGGAAAGAGACUGAAUGUAUAUUAUGCAAUCAAGAAUAUGAAGAUGUGAAUGCGGUUUUGGAACAUUAUGCAAGUUUUGAUAAAAAUAAGGACAAUGCACAUUAUGUUAAACUCAGGCCGUUUCCUUGUCAUCUUUGUGAUUUACGGUACAAGACCCGAAAACAUUUAACAGAUCAUUUAGAUAUACAUGCCGGUCAUGGAAAAUAUUUAUGCCCAAUAUGCGGGAAACGUUUUUUCAAAGGUUUUAAUUUAACUAUUCAUUUGAAAGUUCAUGAAAAAUCAUAUCAUUCUUGCGAACGUUGCAAUAAAAAUUUCCGAAAUGUUAGAGAGUACCAAGCACACCAGAGAAAUAUUCAUGGUGAAAAUAACAUUACCUGCCCCAUUUGCAAUAGACCAUUUUCGAGAAGAAAUAAUAUGAAAAAACAUAUGGAAACUCAUGAACGGGUUUACAACCAAUGUAUUUUAUGUAAUAUAAAUUUUGAAUUUCGAAGAGAUUUCAAUCAACAUAUGAGAGAAAUUCACAAUCGUAUUAAAAAGUACACUUGCUCAAUAUGUGGAAAAAUAUUUUCAUUACAUUGUAAACUUACUCGCCAUUUAGAAACACAUAGCAGAAUUAAAGAUUUUUGUACGAUUUGUGAAAAAGAAUUCAGAAACCGUAGAGACUACAACGCACAUAUGCGGAAUAUUCAUGGAGUAAUUUCAGGCUUUCCUAAAAAAGAAUCGAAAAACGAUACAUGUAAAGUGCAAUUUAAAAUAAUACAUGAUGUACAAGUCAAUCCAUCUACGAAUUCUAAUAACAUUGGGUUAAAUGGCGAUGUUAAAAUCAAUAUCAAAAUAGAUAUAAAUGAUACGAAUGAAUAUAUUGAUAAGGGUGAUACAAUUACUCAACGAGCUGUUGUUAUUGAUGGCCGCGGUCAUUUAGUUGGCCGUUUAGCAUCUGUUGUAGCCAAAUAUUUAUUGCAAGGGGGCAAGGUAGCCGUUGUAAGAUGUGAAGAGUUGAAUUUAUCGGGACAUUUUUAUAGAAACAAAAUCAAAUAUUUAGCAUAUUUGAGGAAGCGGUGUAAUGUAAAUCCAGCACGAGGACCAUAUCAUUUUCGAGCUCCAUGCAGAAUUUUUUACAAGGCAGUAAGAGGAAUGAUUCCACAUAAAACGAAGCGAGGCCAGGCUGCCCUUAGUCGAUUAAGAGUAUUUGACGGCAUUCCACCUCCCUACGAUAAAAGAAGACGUGUAUGUAUCCCAAUUGCAAUGAGAGUGUUAACAUUACGUUCAGAUCGUAAAUACUGUCAAGUCGGGCGCUUAUCACAUGAAGUUGGUUGGCACUACCAAGAUGUUCAAGAUUGGAUUAAAAGUGAAGAAAACUGGAUAUGUUAUUUAUGCAUUAACCGAAUAAAUAAAUAUGAAUUUGGUAUGUUAUUGGUCAAGCAGAUGGAAGAAGAAAUUUUAGAAUCGAUUUCACUAAAUAGAAACAACCAAUUUAUAUUUGUGACUAGCUUUAAAGAGGAAGAAAGCAACGAAAACGAUUUGGAAGUCGAAGAAUGUUAUAGUACGUCGGAUGUUGACUUGACGAAGGUGAAGGAUGACGAAAUUAAUGAAGACUCAAUCGAUGUUGCAAUAGAUGACUCACAGGAUAAUAUUUUUAUGGAAAACAUUAUUGAUGACCAUACGGAAGAUGUCAAAAUAGAGACUAUAAUUGAUAUUCAGCCACUGAAAGUUUCUCCGGUGUCCAAACAUUAUUAUUGCGAAAAGUGUAAUAUUCUGUUUUUAUCCCUAUCUGAAUUUGAAAAACACAAUGAAAUUCAACAUGGUGAACGAGUCGUUCCCUUGCAAUGCCACGUAUGUGGCGUAACUUACACGACAGCGAAAAAAUUAAAUAAUCAUAUGAGGUCCCACCAAGGUCCGAUUAAAUGUCCAAUAUGUAAUAAGCAAAUAACCCAAAAAGGUGCUCUUAAACGACAUAUGGUCAUCCACACUGGUGAAAAGUCAUACCAAUGUGAUAUAUGUGGAAAGCAAUUUAUCCAUCGAUCUAGUUUUCGUAUGCAUAAUUUGGCUCACGGAAAUAUAAGAGAAGUAACCUGUCAAGUAUGUGGGUUCAAACUAAGAUCUCGUUCUCAUUUAUCUCGUCAUAUGCUGAUACAUACAGGAGAAAAGAAACAUGAAUGUCCUAAAUGCGGACAGAAGUUUGCCCAGCGAUAUAACAUGAAUGUUCAUUUAAAAUUGCAUGAAGGUAUAAAAAGACAAAAAUCUGCAGUGAAAUACAAAUGCCGUGUAUGUGAUUUAAAAUUUGAAUCAUCCAAAGCUUUAGAAGAGCAUAAUGAAAGUUAUGUGCACGUUGGAAAAAGUCCACUUGAGUUUGAAAAUGUAAUAGAUAACUUUUCAAAUAUGGAAGGAAAAAAGUGUUGUAUAUGUGACAGCGAUAUAAAAGGAAUUUUUCAAGAUAUUUUUAUUGAUUAUACAAAACAUUCCAAAAUGUUGUUAUAUGAAGCUAUUUACAAAAUUAUUAAAAAAGAUGAUUUCAUAAAACAUGAAGACAAUUUGCUGUGUUAUUCAUGUGUAAACAGAAUAAAUAAAUAUGAAUUUGGUGUUGUUUUGGCUGAACAAAUGCAGAACGAAAUCCUAGAAUUGAUAACGCAGACUGAAUCUAAAUAUGAAUUAGUUCAUUCAAACGAUUUUUGUGAAGAUGAAGAAAAUUUUGAAAUAAAAUUUGACGAUUCAAUAGAAAUCGUACAAGAUCUGAUAAAUGAUGAGGAUCAAAGUAGCAAUCAAGAGUUCAUCGAAAUAUGUGAAAUGAAUUCACAAAGCAAAUUCAAAAAAGAAAGUUAUGAUGAUAGCGAUCAUUUUAUAAUAGAAACAGUGCCUAUAGAUAUAAAACCUUUUAAAGUUUCCAACAAAGCUAAGAAAAAACGCUUAUAUUGCGAGAAAUGUGAUAUGCUGUUUCAAUCUUUAGCGGAAUGUAGGCAGCACAAGGAAUCUGAACAUGCAGAUUCCACAACACCUGUGCAAUGUCAUGUGUGCAGUGUCAGUUUCGAAACGAAAACAAAGUUAAAUAAUCACAUGAGAUCUCAUCAGGAUCCAAUUAAAUGUUCAGUUUGCAGUAAAGAGUUUACUCAAAAAGGUGCCCUAAAACGACAUAUGGCUAUUCACACAGGAGAAAAGCCUUAUCAAUGCGACAUUUGUGGGAAACAAUUUAUUCAUGGUUCUAGUUUUCAUAUGCAUAAUUUAGCUCACGGAAAUAUAAGAGAGGAAACUUGUCAAAUUUGUGGAUACAAAUUAAGAUCACGGUCGCAUUUGAAUCGCCAUAUGUUAAUUCAUACAGGAGAAAAGAAACAUGAGUGUCCUAAGUGCGGUCAAAAAUUUGCACAACGUUAUAAUAUGAAUGUUCAUUUAAAGUUGCACGAAGGUAUAAAAAGGCAAAAGCCUGUUACAAAACAUGUUUGUUAUAUAUGUGAUUCCAAAUUUAAGACACUGAAAGCUUUAAAUGAACAUACAAAUCAAUUUCAUGAUACUGAAAGUUAUCACGGAUCUGACAAGCAUUUAGUAAAAAUUGAAAAUUUAAUAGAGGAUCAGUCUGACUUAUAUGAUAAUCAUAGUAACAUCAUUGAUGCAUAUAGCAAUGAAAAUGUCAAAGUAGAACUUUUAUUAUAAGUACAUAUUCAAAUUUUUAUGCACGGGUAUAUCUUACUAUUUUUAUAUUUAAUUUCAAUUAUAUUUUGUAUUACAAUGAUUGGUUUAGAUAAAAAGUUGAUUUAUUUAGUGCUAGGUAUCUACACCUACUCACGGCUAGGUAUGCGCGCGUAUAUUGAAAAUAAAUUUGUAAAUUUCAGAUUUUUCUUAUUGUACAUGAAUUUUUUUAAAUAAAACUUAUUUUAAUUUUUUAAGUUAAA